UCCUACUAAAACGUCAAAAUCAGAAUACCGCACUAAAAUAUUUGAUUUUGUUAUCCAAUCCAAGUGUUUACCUUAUUGUUUAGUUUUAUUUUCUCUAAUUAAUAUAGUUUUAAGGAAACACAAUUAAGAAACAUUGAUUCAAAAUAAAAUGGUUUUACUCAGUUCAAACAUGCAAGUCGACUCAAAUGAAAUCACCGACGAAAUCGCUCUACGUCCCAUAAACUGCGAACUGAAUCCGCUCACAGGUGCUGAUGGUUCUGCUCUUCAUUCGCAAGGUGAAACAAUUGUCCUAGCUUCAAUGUACGGUCCCAUCGAAGCAAGAACACAACACGCAAAAAUUGAAAAAGCAAAUGUUGAAGUCAUCUUUAGGCCCAAGUUUGGAUUGCCCACAAUCAAGGACAAGUUCAGAGAAUGUAUAUUGAGAAACACGUGCGAAACUGCUUUACUAACAGCGCUCCAUCCCAGGACAACAAUUUCCAUUCAACUUCAAGAAAUGGAUAAUCGAUGUGGGAUGGAAGCUUGUGCUGUGAAUGCAGCUUGUUUAGCUUUGCUAGCCGGAGGUGUGCCCAUGAAGUUUACCAUAGCAGCCGUUCACAGCAUAGUCGACCGUGAUGGUAAGCUUGUCCUAGAUCCUGAUCACAGGCAAGCUUUGGGCUCAGUUGCCAGUUUCACUUUUGUCUUCGAUAGCUUGGAUAAGAAUUUGGUAGCGUGUAACACAAAUGGACGCUUCAAUUUGGCUCAGUACAACGAUGCACUGCUUAUGAGCAAGGCUGCAAGUGAAAUUGUUUUCAAGUUCUAUAAAAAUAUUAUCGCCAAAUCACACUGCAAACCUAAUUCAGAUGAAAUUAAAGAAGAAUGAAAAUAUUAA